UGUCAGAGGCGUGUGCUCGUAGGGGGGUCCCUGGCACAGGAGCCCCCGCUGCCCGAGGGCUGCUGCAUGCCCAUCGCUGCCCGUCUGUGCAGGUACAGGAAGGCAGCACUGAAAUGGCACCCGGAUAAAAACCCAGACAACAAGGAGUACGCCGAGCAGAGGUUCAAGGAGAUCGCCGAGGCAUACGAAGUGCUGUCGGACAAGCAGAAGCGCGAUAUCUAUGACCGUUACGGCAAGGAUGGGCUCAUGGGGGCAGGACCAGGGGGCUCCAGGGCCGAUGCUGGGGCCCCUGAAUUCACCUUCACCUUCCGCAGCGCUCACGACGUCUUCCGGGAGUUCUUUGGUGGGCGAGACCCCUUC